AUGACGUCCUUGGACUUGAUGAAAAAACAGUGUUUUGCAUCUGGGACGCUGUCCUCAGCUUCUCUCAAAAGAAGGUUCAUAAAGAACAGCAGGGUCGCUCCGGGGAGGCAACACGAUGCGGGCAGAGAGUGUCAGCUGUGCAGAUGUUCCAUAUUUUCCCAUUCAGGCAGCAACCAGACUGUUCGUCGGAUUCUGACAGCCUGCCUCCUCUCUUUCAUGGCCCUGCUCGGAUCUGUAUUCAUCGACGUCAACUCCAACUUUGACUUGCUGUACACUACAGAAGCAGCUUACAGCGAGCUGACUUCAUGCAAGACUCUAACUCUCCUGCAACUUGUCAGUAAACUUCAAAAGACGAGACAUUUAUUUUCCAAAAAAGUAGGGAAUGAGACAGCUGAGGCAAGUUUUCCUCAGAUGCUUUUUCUCAUCUUUGAUAAUCACUGUGACGAACUGGUGGGUCGAAGUAAUGACAUUGGGAUUCCUUGCAGUACUGAGUUUCCUAGCUUUUGCAAAGAGCUAGUGAGGAGCAUUCAAGGAUUUUUAAAUACUUCACAGGAUACAAACAUUACCAGUGAAAGUGGAAUUCUUGCUUUCUCACUGGCUAUUGAAAGACUUCUUGACAUCUGGUGUACAGUAGAAGAUACUUUGGUAAAGGCCAAACAGAAUUCUAAUUGGAGAGAUGUACUGUCUGCAAGACUGUUGGUCACAUUUAUUGAGCUCAACCACCAGUUGAGAGACUUUGGCCACAUGCAAACUCCUACUGGCUUCCAGUUUAGAUGGUCAUACAUUCUGAGCUACCUCAGCGUUGCCAGGGUUUUGACAGAAAAACUGAAUGACUGUUGGCUAGAAAACAUAGACCACGAGAUAAACACUACGCUGGAUGUUCAGCAUUCCUAUAUUUUUGACACAAGUCAAUGGCAGAUCUCUGGCACAAGUACGGAACGUCUGUCUGGGUCUCACACCGGAAUUCAAGCUCUGACAAACACUCAGCAGUGUUUAUUUGACCGUGCAGUGUUGGCUCUCAGGGCGGACUCUCGAUCCAUCUCUUCAGGCCUCAGUAUGAGGAUAUGCCUGCUGGCCAUGGCGUGCCUUAUCUACCCUGUGGUGAUGUUCUCUUUCAAACAGAUGACAGAGUGGAUACAGAACUAUGCCCACAGUCUGAAGGAGAAAACACAAGACCUUAAGCACCAGAGGCAGCUGGCUGAAGAUCUGCUUCACCAAAUGCUGCCAAAGUCAGUUGCCAAACAGCUCCGCCAGCAUAAACAUGUUGAAGCUGAGAGCUACGAAAAGGUGACCAUUUUUUUCUCAGACAUUGUGGGCUUCACCUCUAUCUCUGCGUCCUGUACUCCAUUGCAAGUAGUGAAGAUGCUCAACAACCUCUACAUGUGUUUUGAUACGCGCAUUGACUCCUAUGAUGUCUACAAGGUGGAGACUAUAGGAGAUGCAUACAUGGUGGUGAGUGGCCUACCUGAAAGGAACGGAGACAGACAUGUGGAUGAAAUUGCCAAGAUGGCUCUGGAUCUGGUAGCAGCCGUCAGACAGGUCUCCAUUCCUCACAUGCCCAAUGAGAGGCUUCAGCUCAGAGCUGGCAUCCACACAGGUCCAUGUGUGGCAGGAAUAGUGGGCUACAAGAUGCCAAGAUACUGUCUAUUUGGAGAUACCGUCAACACAGCCUCUAGAAUGGAAUCAACCAGCCUGCCUCAGAAAAUCCACAUCAGUUCAGAAGCAUACCUGGCUCUGAUCAAAGACAAUGCUUAUGAGCUGCAGCUUCGUGGAGAGAUUGAGAUUAAGGGUAAGGGCAAAAUGUAUACAUACUGGCUGAUUGGCCACAAGAACUACAGUGUGCAGAAUGACAGUCUGGUUUGCCACUGGAAUCCCAACAUGGCCAGAAAGAAGAAGAUGUUAGCAGGGAGCCAGGUAUCUGUGAGCAAUUCAUCAGUGACAGUGCAAAGUCUGACCGAGAAGGCUACCACUCCAGUGUCUCUUCUCAUGAACCAAACUUCGCCACAGCCACCGAAAGACAAACCUGGCAAGAGAAUGGCAGCUCAGAUGGAGACCUACAGCAGCAGCUGCAGUACCCUUGGCUCCAUGAUUGGAGGACUGCAGGGAGGAGAUAAGAGUCCUCAACCCAGCCAGCAUAGCAGUGGACUCAAACCUGAUCUGCUUCCUGUCUCCAACCAGCAUAUGUAG